AGCCCUUAAAACCAGCCUCAACGAGCCUUUCUCCUCCUCUUAUCGUCUGCCUCCAUUCUUGUUUCUGCUCAUUUUUCUCCUCUCCUUUCGCUUUUCACCGAGGCGAGAGGCGGAGCGAGCUCUCAGUCUCAGGGAUCUGCUACUGGAAGGGUUUUAGAAGAAUUACUUGUUGAGUAGAUCCAUUAGCAGGAUUCUCAGUUUGCAAGAUAUGGUGGCUGAUCAGCCUCAGCACCCUACGGUCCUCCAAAAGGUCACCGGGCAGCUAAAUCUUGGAUCGAGUCUUUGCCAUAAUGCUAGGCCGGCAAUGUACCAGAGGCGUUUUGCCUUUGGUAACUAUUGCAAUGCGGAAGUGCAGGGCCCAUUGAUGCAGUCAUGCAAUGGGAACAUGGAUCUGUCCAUGGUCACCUCUGCUGCUUCACCAGUCUUUGUCCAGGCCCCCAAGGAGAAAAACUUCACCAACUUUGCUAUUGAUUUCCUCAUGGGUGGAGUAUCUGCAGCUGUAUCCAAGACAGCAGCUGCACCUAUAGAGCGUGUUAAGCUUUUGAUUCAGAACCAAGAUGAAAUGAUCAAGGCUGGUCGUCUUUCUGAGCCCUACAAGGGUAUUGGGGACUGUUUCAGCCGGACAAUGAAGGAUGAAGGGGUCAUGUCAUUGUGGAGAGGGAACACUGCAAAUGUCAUCCGUUAUUUCCCUACACAGGCCUUGAACUUUGCCUUUAAGGAUUACUUCAAGAGGUUGUUUAAUUUCAAGAAAGAGAAGGAUGGAUACUGGACAUGGUUCGCAGGCAACUUGGCUUCCGGUGGUGGUGCUGGUGCCUCGUCUUUGCUAUUUGUCUAUUCCCUGGACUAUGCUAGAACCCGUCUCGCUAAUGAUUCUAAGGCAGCAAAGAAAGGAGGAGAGAGACAAUUUAAUGGUCUGGUCGAUGUCUACAGAAAGACACUCAAAUCUGAUGGUAUUGCUGGGCUUUACCGUGGAUUCAACAUCUCAUGUGUUGGAAUCAUUGUUUACCGUGGUCUAUACUUCGGAUUGUAUGAUUCUUUGAAGCCAGUCGUUCUCACUGGAAGCUUGGAGGAUAGUUUCUUUGCUAGCUUUGCAUUGGGUUGGCUUAUCACCAAUGGUGCUGGUCUUGCAUCCUACCCGAUUGACACUGUUCGUAGAAGAAUGAUGAUGACGUCUGGUGAAGCCGUCAAGUACAAGGGCUCACUGGAUGCUUUCUCACAAAUUUUGAAGAAUGAGGGACCCAAAUCUCUGUUCAAGGGUGCAGGAGCAAACGUUCUCCGUGCAGUUGCAGGUGCCGGUGUGCUUGCCGGUUAUGACAAGCUGCAGUUAAUCGUUUUUGGAAAGAAGUAUGGGUCUGGUGGCGGCUAAUUUGACUUUUGUCUCUAAAUAUGUUGAUGAAAAACUUAAUUGAGUUCCUGAUGAGAAUUUGCGCAGGCAAAUUUUUGUUUUUCUUGAAUAAUGUAGUUUCAGAGGAAGAGAUUGAGAGGGAGUUUCUCCUAAACCAUUUCGGUUGGAUUCUUUUGGUUGUCAUAAACUUGAUACUUGUCGGAGAAGUUGCAAGGGAUGUCUCCGAGCAUUUUAUGUUUUUUCAGAAAGAUAUUUAUAAUUGCGAUUACUUUUUCAUUAGAA